CAAAAACGAAAACAAUAAAACGAGCUGCAGCAUAAACGGCAAUACCAAAAAAAUGCAUUCAUUUGGGUACAGAGCCAACGCUCUGUUAACGUUCGCCGUAACCAUUGUCGCCUUAAUGUGCGCCAUCGCUUCUCUAUCUGACAACCUUAACACUCCUUCUCCGACUGCUGAAAUCCAGGUAGUGAAUAUUAAUUGGUUUCAGAAGCAGACGCAUGGAAACGAUGAGGUCAGCCUGACAUUGAAUAUAACCGCCGAUUUGCAAUCUCUGUUUACAUGGAACACCAAACAGCUUUUCAUUUUCAUAGCAGCUGAAUACAAAACCCCAAAGAAUGCACUAAACCAGGUAUCACUUUGGGAUGCUAUAAUACCUGCCAAAGAGUCUGCCAAGUUUUCCAUUCACACCUCUAACAAGUACCGUUUCAUUGAUCAGGGACACAAUCUCCGGGGUAAAGAAUUCAACUUGACAUUGCACUGGCAUGUCAUGCCAAAGACAGGCAAGAUGUUUGCCGAUAAAAUAGUCAUGUCUGGAUACCGCUUGCCAGUGGAAUACAGAUGAGAAAUAUCUCGAGUGUAUGAUCUUGUUGUAACUUAGUCUUUUUGUAAGGGGAUAUUGAGGAUCAACUUAACCAUAAAACUAGAAACAAGGAACGUUUCUUGUCAUUGUUUUGCUUUCAAUAACUUUAAACCUCUAUUGCAAAAUCAUGGAUUAUGGUUCUUUCCUCGGAA